UCCCUAAUCAGUAAUCAGCAGUGCAUAUAUCCUCGGCAAAUACCAUGGCCGGCUCGGGAUCUCCGUGCGGCGCAUGCAAAUUUCUCCGAAGAAAGUGCACCGCAGACUGCAUCUUCGCACCGCAUUUCUGCGCGGAGACCGGCUCGUCCGGCGCCUUUGCGGCAAUCCAUAGAAUCUUUGGGGCGAGCAAUACGUCUAAGCUUCUGCAACAUGUUCCCGCUGGCCUACGGGGCGAGGCGGCUCUAACGAUUGCUUAUGAAGCACAGGCGAGGCUGAGCGACCCUGUGUAUGGCUGCGUUGCCCAUAUAGUUGCUCUUCAAAAGCAGGUAGCAAUAUUGCAAGCCCAGUUGGCCCGCGUAAGGAUGCAGCUGGCUCAAGGGAUUGGCAUUUCACGGCUUGCUUCUAGGAACACAAUCCCAACCCUUGAUGCAAAUAAUGCUUUCAUCCAUCUCUAUUCAAACGGGCAACCUAUGGCUCUCCAAAGCUAUUUAGCCGAAGAAGCUCUCUCUUCUCUGUUUUUCUCAAAGAAAAGACCCGCAAAUGAAGAAUUUGGAGAUUAAAGAGGAUACCACAAAAAGAUAGCUCUCUCAUCAUACCUGAUCCAAAAGUUUUACCUCUUCCUCUGGCUGGAUGCAUCGCUUCAAUGAUAGUCCGUGAUCCUCAAAGCUACCUCAGCUGAAUUAGGGAUUCUGUGAACAGAACACUUAUAUUAUUAUGUAUAAAGAAGUAUUAUUACUUCAUUACUCCUGACUCUUAUUUACUAUGUUGCCACUCCGCAAUAGAUAUAUAAAGGGGUGUUCACUUUGUAAUAAUAUAUAAUAAA